AUGCCAAAGGUGAUUGGCAACAGGUUUACCCGGAGGUCAAGGCUCAGAUCCAGCAGGGCGAGUUCACAUGCCUGGAGGAAAUUUUUGGUUCCGUUGCAGGGGUCGGUCAAACCAUCGAGCUGGUCCUCACUUGGUUUCAUGACGACGGUGGUGCCGGUCGCAACAUUGAUUGGUUUAUCGAUGCAGAUGAGGAAACUAAGCAGGGAACGCAGCCCGCCAUCGUACCGAGCAAGCACAACCGUUCUCUGCAGGAGGCAACGUGUGAAGCUUACAAACAACGGCUUCUGGAAGAAGGACAGCCGCAAUCCGUUGCGGGUGAAGCUUGGUGCCAUUGGGGCGGCGAGGCGGACGAGUUCCCGGUGUACGCAUUGA